GGAUUGCAUUUGAAUGAAAACCACGUACGAUCGCUCACUCAAGUAAAAGCAUCAAUGGCCGCUUCCAUGGUAACGUCUCCCGCAUACUUCGGAGCCGCGGCGGCACCCUCCACCCUCCGCCGUGGGGUUGUUACCGUCAAGGCGUCGUGCGGCGGCGACAAGGCCACCGCGCAAGAGAGCAGCGGGAGAAGGGAGCUGGUUUUCGGGGCGGCUGCCAUGGCGGCGGCGGCAUGGUCAGUGACUAAGGUUGCGGAGGCGGAGGAGCCGAAGCCGGGCACGCCGGAAGCCAAGAAGAAGUACGCUCCCAUUUGUGUCACAAUGCCCACUGCCAGGAUUUGCCGCAAGUGAGAAAUGCAUUCAUUGUAUUGUUGCUUCCUUAAUUAUCUUUAAUAAAAAUGAUUUCUCCAGGCCAGGAUUACAUGUAUGUAGUCAAACCUUGUCUUUAAUAAAACUGUCUUUAUUAUUUUUGGUCCAAAUAGCUAGGAUCGGGUCAACCGGAUCGUGUGAGUUGGGCUGUUUUUGUGCAGCACAUGGAUGAUGAUACACCCCAUGUGAGAUAUCUUUGGUGUUAAAAAAGUUCUUAAUAAUUACUGACUCAUGUUAGCAGAAAGAAAGGAUUAUUUUCCAGUACAA